AAAAGCAUGUCCAACAAUCUGUAAAAAAACAUGCAAGUUGUUUGUACAACACAAUAUUUACAGCCCAAAACAUAUUAAUUUAGUAACAAUGGCGACAUAUGAUAAUAAAGCGUGGUUGCUAAAAAGCGUACGCGACGCGUUUAUAGCCACAGAUGACACCGGUCUCUGCGAAAUUGUAAUGGCAGGCGAAGAUUUUUCCAAAAUUUUUCAAAACAAGGCCAUGGAAGAGAAAAAACGUGAAAGGGAUAAAGUGCUUUACCAACCGAGUACUAGUAGGGGCAAGGAAUCGGGUACAGAUGACGAAGACGACAGAGAGCUGGUCACCCAGUUUGAUCCUUACCCAGAUAUGGACGAUAGUGAUGAAGACGAACCGUGCCCUAGUUACCCCCGUAUUCCUGACGAAUUUUUGCCAGUACACAGACAAAAGCUUACUAUAGACAAAAAGGAGCAAGAUUUAAAGAAGGCUGCUAAAAUCAAAGUUAUAAAAUGGGAGGAUCCACAAGCUCAACUCACAUCUGAACAAAUGGCCGAAGUUUUUGCAAAGAUUGAUGUUAAAAAACCAGAAACAAAGAAAUCUUUGCUAGCAGAACAGCUAGAGAACUGCCCUGACCUACCCCAUCGUCAGUACCUGGAGUAUGCAAAGUUUGAUGGCACUGCACAGCUCGGGCUACCAAUAAAAUCAUUUAAGAUUUUUAUGACAAUGCUUCCGGAGAAAUAUCAGAAUUAUCCUGUUGUUAUUUGUGUUAUUGCCAGUGCAAAGAUAAAAGACUUGAUUGGCUUCACAUGCUACAAAUACAGCAUUGAACAUCCAGACAUAACACUAGGCUCCGUGCAAAACUAUGGUUUAUUUAUAGUGGAAGAUGAUGGAGAAGUAGACUGGGCAUUCCCAUGCCUUGACAAAAAUGAACCAUGCUCAAAAUUUGGUUUCACAUGCCUUGGCCUUGUGGACCUAAAGAAAAGAGAUACUGCUGUUAUGGCCUGCCCUAUACCUGAUUUUGAUCUGCAUUCAGCGUUUCAGUGCUUUCCAAAAGUGUCUGUCUCCGGUCAGAGUAAUGUUAAUACAUCAAGACUUCAUACAGGGGACAGCGAUACAACUGAAGUUUUAAGGGCAAUGAAUACCGUCAUUGAAGGUAACAAAGGUUUUGGAUUCCAGUCUGGCGCCGUCGCAGAUGCCUCGCAAGACAAACUAUACAGGGUGCAGCUAUUACAUAAGGUGCGGGCGAACACACCAGUUCAGCUGGGAAUCACUCUGGACACUAUAGAAGUUGUGCCACUGGUUCCGAAUAAGCACGCUUUCUGGGCGCGUCCAAAAUAUUUUCUUCACAGCAUGAACUCCGUAGCGUGGUGUCAGAUAUUGGAGGAGAAAAGCAGCAAAACUACAUUCAGAAUAGUAUACUCACCCAAUCAUGAUGCAGCAUUUAGUGAUAGGAAUAAUGCAGGUAACGUAAAUGUAUAUAGUCCAAACACCACAUACAAGAAACACGAUUUUGAAGGUGAGCAUGAAAUUGCCAAAAAAAUUGUUGACAAUGUCAACACCAUCCUCGACCUAAGAAAUAGUCCUUGCCGAAGAGAAUACAAGACAGUGAAGGAAAAGAAAUUGCAGACCAGAAGGAGUUUCCACACAAGGCAUUUAAGUUGAGUUAUGAUUCCUACAAGCUAAAAGUUCCUAAACAAGCAUUUUUGUUUUAUGAUUGAUUAACAAAAUGUGAAUUUAAUUAAUUAUGGAAACUCCAAUUUAAGCACAAAAUUGCCUUACAGACAAGUUUGAUUGUAGGUACAUUGUGUCUUACAAGAUUUCGCAAUUGAGGAGUCGUUGUCGAGUAUGGAAUACUUAAACAUUGGAGUACAAUGGAUCAUUGUUUUAGAGCUCAAAUUUGCCUACAAGUAUUUAGCUUGGUCUUUUGACAGAACGUUUGUAAAACAAAAAUCAGAUGUACUGCGGCUCUAUAACUAGUGACAUAAGUUGCAUUUUACUUUGACGAUUUUAAUACUCGAAAACGACUUCUCGAUUGCGAACGAACUAAUCUUGUAAUAAACUUGUACCAAUUAACACAACUCAAAUUAUAGUAUUUAAGCGCGAGUUUUAUAUCAUGUGAGAUGAUAGUUUGGAGUGUUGGUAUAAUGUGCGUAACGUUAGCAUUUGUAAAGUACUGGCAAAACAUUUCAAAAGUAUACUUCAUGUCAGCAGGCUCAUAUUCCAAUGUCGAGUCAGUCUAUCAUUACUACUAUCAUUUUCUCCAGUCGAUGUUGUGUAGAUAUGGUGUGCGAAGGUCAUUGCCAUCAACACUAUUAAGCCAGCAGCACACUGGCAAACGCCAUUGUAACACACCACACCAUUUUGUUAAGUCUUUAGUUUUUUCUAAGCACAGAAGAAUAAACUUUGACUUGGCAUGCAUGGCCUUGCAUGGGCUGGGUUACUGUGAAGUAUAUGCCAAUGCCAUUAUAAUUGUUGUUUACAUAGCGCUUACUUAAAAGGCCUCGAGUACUAUUAAUUUUUUCUGAUAGCCAAACUAUACAUAUUUAUUUCAUUUAAAACUAACUCCACCGACUAGGCCCAGACAGAAAAUACAGCCAUAUCUCAAACUAUUAUUAAUGUGAAUAAUUUAUACAGGAUUAUUACGGAAGCUUAGCCUGGUAAUGGCACGGCACGAACGUAUGCAUAAAAAUAUAUUUACGGACUGAUGUUAAAGACUAAAGAAAAUGUUUUACUGCAAGAUUUUACUAAUAUGAAAUGUCGUAUUUCGAUUUUGAACUGAUAAAAAAUUUCAAAUAUGAUGAAAUAGCUUUUUUUUUUAUAAUUACUAUUGUAAAUUGAAAUACUGAAUGUAAUCUAAUAUCUUUAUAUUAAAAACUCUUGAAUAUAUAGAAUUCCAAGCAAUACACAUACAGUUUUAAAUCGUAGAUUGCUAAGAUGUUAUGAAAAUUUCACAUUUUUAUAAUUUUGUAUUAGUAAGUGUGUAUAAAUGGGUGAAUUAAGUAUUUAAAUUUAAUAAAACGAUAAGUUAGUUUUGAACUUAGUUCAAAGUGUAAUUUCAUUAGUUUUAUUUUUAAUGAAUUUAUAUGAAUAAUUAGAAUUUUAACAGUGAAAUUAUACCUAUUGAGUAGGCUUACAUGAUUUGUUUAAUCAAAAUGUAAAAAAUAAUUUCCGCUCAUAGUAUUACUAAUACUUUUACUAUAACCUAACUACUAUCUAUGUUUUAACCAAAAAGUUAAUAUUUUCGAGUUGUAAGUUAAUAUUUUUGAAUUGUAAGUUAAUUAAUUUCAGUAAUUGUAUGAAAGGGAUUAUGUAAAU